AACAAAGUUGGCGCAUAUCGUUUGGGAGAUCAUAGGUUGGGAAACUCCCUAAUCAUAAAAUGGAUUGAAUACUAUGAGACUGGUUAGUGGUGAAACAACCGACCUCCAAUAUGGUGAAGCAUAAAGUAGCGCUGUGUUUUGUGUUAGCGGCACUAUCUGCAGCAAGUGCCUUUCACGACCUCGUUCCCGAGGGAAAAGAGGUGGUAUAUAACUACAGAGGGUCAAUUCGGGCGGGUACAAAAAUACCAAAGCGAUAUGCAUCGGAAUUGUUCGUUGAUGCCAAAUUACACCUACAGUCCGAUGGUCGUGAGGUGGUCGGUCAAUUUUCCGACGUUACCUAUAAAUUGUACAACGGCGAACGUUACUAUGGAUAUCAAGAUGUGGAGUGCACAAAGGAAAUUCCACUUCCCCCAGAAGUUCAUGAACUGUUGAACGCCUUCAAGAUGACUUAUCACGGAAAUGGGCAAGUCAAAAGCAUAGCUAUGGAAAGAGGCCAAAAGGAAUACGUAAGCAAUAUGCAUCGUGCAAUUGGUACUCUACUACAAUUAGACUUCCAUAAAAUCCACCAUACCUCCGAAGAUGCACCAUUUGCCUUUACCACCAGCGAGCAAAACUUGUACGGCAAAAGUCUUACUCAAUAUAACGUACGUAAAAGUGAUAACAUAACCAUUGUCGAAAAGAAACACGAUAUGGAAUCCACUGAGCUGAUUUACUCACAACACCGAACAAAUCUUGAACACGACUUUUGCGAGUCACACUUCGAUCAACCUCUCUUCCAUGACGCCCAGCAGGUAUACAAACUAGGAAAGGUUGGGGAACAUGUUAUCGCGAAACACAUCCAAUCGACCGGUUCGUUCCGCCAUCACAAUUUCCGUGGAAAGUCGGACGAUCACUACGUUUCUGUUAAAGUCGACCUUCACUUACACGAUAUUGUACCGGUGGAAAUCGUACGCAGCUGCAAGUCAGAACAGGUUGACUAUGAUAUGCAUUACCGAGUAUACGAUCCCUCUAACACUAAAUUCUUUGAUUUGACAAACGGGCGUCACGUUGAAGACUGCGACAAGCAAAUUCCCGAAGUUGUGGAAAAGUUGAGACAAAUGGGACAGUUCCUCCACGAUCCCAUUCACGAAAAAGAUGCGUCCACGCCAGCUGUAAUAGCCACGCUAGAAUAUUUCGAUACAGAGGCCCUCGAAAAAUUGUACAAUGUUUUGAGCGAGAAGACCACCGAACCCGAAGUUGUUCAGCGAAAAAUUUUCCACCAACUUUUGCCUCAAGUUGGCACGUAUUACUCAACAAUGCUCACUAAAAAGUUGGUAAUGGAAAAGAAAGUUGAAGACUACGAAGCGUUGGAUAUGUUAGGCAUGCUUCCCGACUUCAUUCGUUUACCCAACGAAAAGUUGAUGGUAGAAAUGGAAGACUUGUUAACUUGCGACCACGAGAACGAGCUAGUUCGAAGAGCGGCUGUUUUGUGCUUCUCUUCCAUUGUUAGGAAGGCAUACAAAGAACACGUAUCCACCCGCGUCCACGACGAUAAACCAAGCACAUCUCAUGCUUACGAACAUCUCAAGUAUCACACAGAUGGCCACUCCGUGUACAAUUCGUUCUCAAGCGCGUUUAACUUGCUCAAGAAGAAGCAGAAUUACUUCGAAAAGUUUACGAAGAAAAUAUUCGAUAAACUGGAAACGGACGAUGUAUCCACACAAUUACUCUACAUGCAAGCACUCUUUAACUCGAAAUUGCCGUACAUCACCGAACACAUUAAACCUUACGUAACCGGAGAGAAAUGUUCCCACGUUUCCGUACGACAAUGGGCUUUAUUCACCGCAGUCCAAGUAUCCGGUGGAAACUCCGACUACAUCUUCGACCUCCUAUGGCCAGUAUUCUCAAACCCUAACGAAGUUGAACAUCUAAAAAUAGUCGCAUAUUUCCUCUUAAUGGAAGCCCAUCCUACUCACACGCGCUUGUUAAACAUUAAGGAGCACUUAAUUAAAUGCCGGGAUACCGAGCUGUAUAAUUUCCAUUACACCUUCGUAAAAGCAAUGUCGCAAACUACGGACUCUUGCCAUAAGGUCACCCAAUUAUAUCUGAGACAAGUUUUUAAGAACAUGCCACCACCGACAAUUCAAGGUAGAUCGUUCUACAACCAAAUGGAUUACUGGAACCCGAAGUUCGAAUUCGGCGAAGAAAUCAGCUUCGCGUUAAGUUCAAGUAGAUUUUCAAGAACGUUCAGGGUAGAAUUUGCGACACAAACGGCCAAUAAGAGGUAUUCGACUAAUGAGUACGUGUUUAGAAUUACUGGCCUGGAUGAAAGCAUUUUGGAUGUCGUGACUUUGAGCUUGAAAAGCGAAACAUCUCUGUUUACCGUUGAUAACCUGAUGAAGGUUUGGAAAUCUAUUCCGGACAUGAAAGAUGUUGAGGUUAACUUCGAAGUACUCACAAACAGUCGUAUUGUCCACAGUGUUUAUUAUAAGGGUCAUGAUGUCGUGAAAGUAUUGGAUUUCGUAAAAUACCUGACCUGCCACGAUGAAGUUCAAAAUAUUGUCCAAGUUCAGUUUAAGGAGCAAUCAGUGCUUCCUUUCCCAACAGAAAUGGGUUUACCCGUUGUCCAUGAAGUAUUUUGGCCGUCAAUCAGGCGUUACCACCUCAAUGUCAAAAAAGUAGUUACUGAAGCUGGUGUAACAUACCACAUUGAUAACCGCUAUUAUAUGUCUCAACGCCAUCGCUAUGGAUUAACCUUCUAUAAUCCUCUCGGCGACAUGUGGCACGGAAUUGGUAAAUUCCACAGCUACGAGUUCCAGCUGCCCGUCUUUGCUGAUGUCUUUGUCAACCACAAGCAAGGAAAUAUGAAGGUGUCGCUUAAAUGGCACGAUAAGGACUACAAAGAUUCCAUCAUGUUUAAGGUGCUUGCGUCUCGCCAAGUUUUUGUUAAAGGCGAUGACACCAAUCAAUUAGAGAUAUCGUGCCCGAAAUGCUCGAAAUGGGUAUCAGCACUGCGCGCUCCCAUUGAACAUGGUCAGCAUAUGAAACGUCAUUAUGAACUGGAAUUCGGCCGACAAGUUGAUAUCACAUACGCAAGCGACCGAUACGACACAACGCUAUUUGAGGAAUGGCACAAAAUUUUACUCAGAAUUCACGAACACAAGAACUACGAUCAUAUUUUAGAAUACUUUGUGCUCGCUAUGAAGGAUUGGAUGUAUCAGAUACUGUCACAGCCAAGUCCAGUAACUACUAACUUCACAAUGAUGAUUACACCUACUGAAGAUUGCAAAGACACCCAUACCGACGUCUCUUUGCGGCAUAAAGAAAUAAUCACUCAAGAAAAAGAUCAAUUCCUACCAGGUAUUAAGCACAACUUCCGUGCGUCAGCAACCAUGAAACGUAAAGACAAGGUAAUCCGCACUUGGGACACCCACUACAACAUGGAGCUCAAUUGCGGCCAAACCUUCAGAAGAACCACAUUCACUUUAACGCGUAUUAUUCCAUCAGAAAAAGAUUUCCAAAUAUCUUUAGAUGAUACAAAGGAAUGGACCUUCACUGGUAUGUCUGGUAACACAACAAUUUCUAUUGAAAAUUAUCACGACAUCGACCAAGACUUGAUCGAGGUGAGCUACGAGGGUAGGCAGCUCGAAGAACAGUUCUCCGACUAUCACACUUAUUACGAUUGCGCCCCUUACAUCGGUUUGACGCACAUGGACUUUUACUCAAGAAAAUGUUUAGCCGCUCAUACAUCGCUGAGGGAGUACAUUUACAAAAUUCACGUUACAAAAUGGCACGACCUUGCCAAAACCCUAUAUGACGAGGUAAAAAGAAUAUUCAAAGACCGCUACAUCACACGCCAAGAAUGUGACAUCACCCUUGAAGGAAACGAAGCGUACGUCGCGUUGAAAUAUCCCGCCACUAGCGAAACGAUGAACGCCAUGAUCAUCACCCCUCAUGACACGCAUUACUUCUCAGGGCUUUCAACCACCACAACAAUGCUGGCGAUGCGCCCUGAUAACACCCAUCAUUCCUUCAUUCAUCAAUACAUGCACGAGAACCUGCUAAUGAAGACUUGCGUUGUUAACGUUCACACAAUCAGGCCCGGAUUUUACGACAAAGGGCACGUUGUGCCCUCAAAUCUUGAUGAUAAAUGGACGUUGGUCGUUGGAGACAAAGAAACCGAUUGCCAGCACGGCGUGUACUUGAACAGAAUUGGAGAUACAAAAUAUAUGACUCUGAAAGCCGUCCAUGGAGAUCAUUCAGUUGAAAUUUGCCCAUAUGGCAAACACUUCGAGCACUUUAAGAUCACCGUAGAUGGCAAGGAGGUAGAGAGCUCAGUUGAUCAUUAUACUGGAAGUUGGUUUACCUUCGUGCACCGCGAGCACGAACAUAUAGUUGCCCUCUCCACGCAACAUUUCCAUCUUCACAUGGAAUUCAUUGGAGAUUCCGUGGUCAUUGAAGUUCCGAAAGUUGACGGAUAUCAAUUCUACGGCAAAUGUUUCAAAUGAGUGAUAUAAUGUACCUAUUAUGCCAGUUGUACAACAACAGUAUACAGCAGAAAGGCAUGCCAUUAUCAGUACUUAUUUAAUCAAAUUUCACAAUAAAUAACAUGCAAUAAAUUAUAAAUAUUAUAAUCUAA